GUUUUCAAAAUUAAAAAAAUUAAUCUGAAUGGAUCAAGUUUGACUAAUCUUUAUUUGUUUUAUUAGAAGGCUCAAAUUAUUGGUAAAAACAUCGUCAUUUUUUGAAAAAUUGGCAAAAAAAAUGAAAUUCUUGCGCCCUUGUUAGUUUUCUCCUUAUGAUAUUGACAAAAGCUAUUAAGUUUUUAUUAUCAUUCGUUUUUCUAAUUUUCCAUAAGGAAAAUACGAACACUGACAUGGUUUGGAUACAACAGAGUUGACAGAUGUUAUUUGAAAUGUACUACAUGAACUUUUAUUAUAAAUAUCAUUAUGGUUCACCCCCGUAUAAGAUAAUAAACUGAGCAUACUCAAAAGAGACAAUAAAAUGUAGUUUUAAAACAGAUAAUAAAGUGUAACGUUUAAAUUGAGACAACGAAUCUUAGUAUUCCAAAAAGGAUAAUAAAGUCAAAUAUUCCAAUUGAAAUAAUAAAAUUUGUGCACUUUAUAACAACUAUCGAUUUAGAAAAAUACAUGUUAAUAAAGAUUCAAGCAUUCUGUUCAAAUGUACAACAAAUAAAUGUUCAGCAUAGAUUACAAUUGAUAUAAAUAAUAAUAUAAUUCGAAAAAGUGGUCAACAUGAUCAUGAAGCGAGGAUGGAAGAAGAAAUUCGAAAUUUUAUUCGAGGAAUGAAACGCAAACUGCAAGAAAAUCCAUCGUGAUUCGUUGCCUCGUAUUUUAAAUCAUCGUGAUUCGUUACCUCGUAAAAAUUCAACUCAUCGUGAUUCUUUAUAUGGUAAUUUAACUCAACGAGAUUCAUUGCCUCGUAAUUCAACUCAACGUGAUUCAUUGCCGCGUAAUUCAACUCAUCGUCUAUCAUUGGGUCGUAAUCGUCGACAAUCGUCAAUGAAUUCGAUUCCACGUAAUCUUGAUCGUCGAUUUAUUCGUUAUGAGAAUACAUUUCGAAUGGAACCAGAUGAUGAUCGACGAAUUGAAAUUGCAAAUGUGAAACGUAUUGGAAAUCUGGUUGUUGAAAGUGCGAUAAAAGAUUAUCAAUAUGAUCCAAAUAAUGCCAAGUUGUUUACAUCCCGUUUAUCUGAACAACUACGAUAUCAUAUGAAACAAUUACCAUCUAAUCGUUUUAAAUACGUUAUACAUGUUUGUAUGGGUCAAAAACAAAAUCAAGAUUUAAGAGUGACAAGUCGAUGUUUAUGGGAUUUAAAAUGUGAUAGACAUGUCACAAUUGUUAAAGAAACAAAAGAUUGUUAUUUAACAGUAACAAUAUUUUGUAUUUAUUCAGAAUAA